GCCGCUGUCCCGGCCAUGGUGGUGGCCCCCGGAGCCGGGCCCUGACUCCGCGCUCAGGUUGAAGAGAGCAGUAAUGCUAACUCUGGCAAGCAAGUUGAAGCGGGACGAUGGCGUCAGAGGACCCCGUGCAUCCAAUCCAGCUUCUGAUUCAACUCGGAGAGUGUCAGUUCGAGAUAAAUUGCUUGUUAAAGAGGUUGCAGAACUUGAAGCUAAUUUACCUUGUACAUGUAAAGUGAAUUUUCCUGACCCGAACAAGCUUCAUUACUUUCAGCUAACUGUAAUCCCAGAUGAGGGCUAUUACCAAGGUGGAAAGUUUCAGUUUGAAAUUGAAGUUCCUGAUGCCUACAAUAUGGUGCCUCCAAAGGUAAAAUGCAUGACAAGAAUCUGGCAUCCGAACAUUACAGAGACGGGAGAAAUCUGCUUAAGUUUAUUGAGAGAACAUUCAAUUGAUGGCACUGGAUGGGCUCCAACUAGAACAUUAAAGGAUGUUGUCUGGGGAUUAAACUCUUUAUUUACUGAUCUUUUGAAUUUUGACGAUCCUUUGAAUAUCGAGGCUGCAGAGCAUCAUUUGCGUGACAAGGAGGACUUUCGCAAUAAAGUUGAAGACUACAUGAAGCGCUACGCGAGAUGAUGAAGGGCGGCGGGUGGCAGGACCUUGGCUUUCACACCGUAGACUUGUCUUGAACUUCAGCAGCAGCAGCCCAACCAGCCCGGGUUGUCCCAGUCCUGUGUCCAUGUCGUUCCGAAGAAGAAAACUAACUCCAUAACCUGUCCAUGUGAAGCGGAGAGGGGGGCCUCGAUGCGGCGAGAGAUUGUGUAUGUUGGUCGCAACCAGUUGUUUGCUUACUUUUAAGAUGUUUACUCUUCCGAACUGUACUGUAUAUCCUGUUGAUGAGAUAUGCUUGAGAACUUAAGAGAAAUCACUAUUGGAACUGUAUUUACACUUUUUUUUUAAUCCCUCUUGCCUGAUUUUGGGGGAGGAGGGGGAAAAAGCGAGGAACCAAAGCAGCAGC